UAUAGCGACGACUAUGAGCUUUUCAACACCUCUCUCUCCACCUUUGCCUGUUCCAAUGGAGCCAAUGGGCUUAUAACCAAGGGAUACACGGGCUUGGGGUCCCUGCCGAACUAUCCUAAUGUUACCGGCAUUCCAAACCUUACCUGGAAUUCUACACGAUAUGGAACCUGCUGGGAGCUUGCGCACCAGUUUCCCAAUGGGAGUAUCAACACCGUGUUAGUCACUGCUAUAGACGCCGCAGCUACUUUCGACCUUUCC